CGAAAAUAGAAAGCAAAACCCAAAACCCUCCUCAGCGACUCCUCACAUCUACAGUCUACACUACACGUUUUUUUGCACAUACUCGGAAUUCAUUCACUCUCAGAAAAUCAGAAUCAGAAAGCUGCCAAUCUAUGCUCUCCCUGACCAAACAUAUCCAGGCCUUAGCCCCAUGCCUGCGCUCUGCUUCCCAGCAAGUCCGAUGGGCCCGGACUGACACGGGCACAUCUAGGAGGCCUAGACGGCCAGCUCUGGCCCCGGCACUAGCAAAGAAGGCGGGUGAGAAAAAUUCAGAGUGGUGGGUAGUGGACGGUGAAAUGCAUGAGGUUGGUGAUCAUGUGCCUCCACGUGAGCGCUUUGUGAUCCCAAGGGACAACAUUCCCAAUAAGCGCCGCAAGCAGCUCCGGGAGCAGUUCAUGCGCCGCACUCGCCUCAUCAUCAAGGAAGCGGAGCAUGAGCCCUGGUGCAACAAGUACAUGCAAUUGUAUCAGGAGCUUAGAGAGAAUUGGGAGAGGUUGUACUGGGAUGAAGGCUACUCCAAGAAAAUUGCACAAGAUCAUGCUAACUACGAGUCCGCCGAAGAUGAUGAUCAAGAUUUUUCUCCUUAUAGGAGCAGGCGAUCAGCUGCUGAGCCAAUGAAGGACCAGGGUUUUGGGAGGAACAGGCAAGGUGAUAAUUGGGAAAGGGUCAGCCAAAUUCGGGAUAAGUUUGAAUUUGACAGGGAGAAAAGAAUGAGAGAUAAAGCAUUUGCACCCAUGAAUGGAGGAACUGCUUCUGAGUUACCUGAUACAAACUCUUGGAAGCAACCAUUUGAUGCUCAGAGAUACUUUUCGCAUAGUGAAAGUGAUUGAUAGGACUACGUAUACCUAAAUAAAGGAAAGGAGAAAAGUUGGGACAAUUUUCCUUCA